GCCGGGUGGCUGUGGGUCUCAGACCGAACAAGUGCUCAGUCCGCUGGCUGUUUCAUCUCUCGCUUGCGGCUGACAGACAUACCUCUCGCACAACCAUGUCAUUGCUGGCAGACGAGCUUCCUCAGCAGCUCCGCAAUCGCUAUUUUGUCCUGCGGCACGGCCACUCCCUGGCCAACCAAGCGGGCAUCAUCCAGAGCGAUCCCGAUCGGGGAACGCAAGGGUUUGGUCUCUCAGAGCUGGGCAAGUCCCAGGCCAACGACAAGACGCGGCGCUUUCUCGGGGUGAAUGAAGGAUGGUUUUGCAGCUCGCCUGGACUACACAACAGCGACGGAAACGAUGGCGACGACGGCAAGGCCUGCAAAUGGAGCCGGCUCUGGAUCUUCUCGUCGGAUUUCAAGCGGGCCUUCGAGACUGCCGAGAUCGUCAGGGACGUCUAUCCCGGCCCCUGCGAGCUGACAACCACGCCGCUUUUGCGCGAGCGGUUCUUUGGCUAUGGGCUCGAAGGACAGCCAAACACCCGCUACGACCAAGUCUGGGCCUUUGACGGCCAGCGUCUGCCUGUUCCCCGCUUCUCUGACGAGGAAAGAGCCGAGCAUCCUGACGAUGCUGUGGAGAGCCCCGUCUCUGUGCGCAACCGGGUCCUGGGCCUGAUUUCGCAAAUCGAACGAGCAGAUACCGAGCGAACCGGCCCAAGGAAUAUUGUGCUCGUGGCCCACGGCGACACACUGCAGAUCCUACAGACGGCGUUUGCGCGCAUCGAGCCCUGGGACCACCGCAGCCUUCGCCAUCUCGAUACGGCCGAAUGGCGGCAAUUGGUCCUCAGUGAAAGUUGAUUGUGUUGCCUGAGCGGCAUCUGUCUGUUUCGAUCUGAGUUUCCAUCGAAACUCGGCUGAACCUCCUCAAACCCGUGGCCCCGAAUGAGAUGAAUAGAACAUCGUGUUAGGAAAGGAAUGAGGAUUCAAA